AAGUGAGCGGAGCACCGAAACCGGAAGCUCCGGCGAGAGAAAGAGAGAGAGAGAGAGAGAGCGAGAGAGAGAAGCGGGCGAACCCGGGACCGAGUAAAGUGACCCGCUGGUUCCUACGGACUACAGACAAGCCCGUGAGGAGCGCCGAGACUCUUACCGGAAUACAGCGAUCACCGCACCCGACCGGCGUUUACCGCCGACACAAAUAACGCCACCGAACUCACACCGCGCUGCUUUUCGUCUCAGUUAGUUGUUUGCGCGUCGCGAAGGAGAAUAAUCACACUUUGUAAACGCGUUUGACCUGCGCGGCUGCACCUGAGCUUCCCCGGAAAACAUGGACGGAUCACCGGGGACCGACACCGACAGGAGCUCCGCGCUCCGCACCCGAACAACGACCAGACGAACAUCCGACGGUCUGCUGGCCAUCUUCAUCAUGUGUCUCAAAGUCUUCAUCAUCCAGGCGUCUUCGCUUCAUUUCUCCGAGGAGCCUCAGUCUCAGGACGCGUUGCACGGCCGCAGUGCCAUCCUGCGCUGCGAGCUCAGCGGCCCGGAGGACAUGCGCUACUGGUGGACGCAGGACGGCCGGCGCGUGGAGGACUCGGAGCGGCGCUUUCAGGAGGGCAGUAACCUGAAGUUCACGGCGGUGGAUCGUCACGCAGACACCGGCAACUUCCAGUGCGUGGCGUCCAGCAGCUCCACCGGAGAGACCGUGAGCUCCGCCAACGCCUCCAUCAACAUCAAAUGGCUGGAGAGGGGGCCGGUCACCAUGAACGAACCCGCCUCUGAGGUGGAGCUAGAGGAGGCUGAACGAAUCGUGCUGCAGUGCCACAUUGAUGGACAUCCACGGCCGAGCAGUAAAUGGCUCAAAGACGGAGCUCAGCUGGACAGAAAGGACCGGAUCCUCACGCUGACCAGCCUCAGCCCAGGGGAUUCUGGGAUAUACUCUUGCUGUGCUCAAAAUGCUGCAGGAAAAGUGUGCAGUAACCACAACAUCACCCUCAAUAUCAUGGAUAAGUCUGUUCCGCGUGUGCUGGUGGCUCCGGUGGAUCAGGUGGUUCUGCGUAAUGAGGAGGCCGUGUUUCACUGUCAGUUUAAAGCCAAGCCGCCGCCGCAGAUCGUGUGGUUCCACGAAGCAGAACGCGUCGUCAACAAAUCACGGGUUGUGGUGUACGCUAACGGUACACUGCACAUCAGUCAGGUGAAGCAGCGCAGCACAGGUGUGUAUAAAUGUGUGGCCCAGUAUGGAGAAAAUAAACAGGUACAUGUGGAGGCAGCGCUCAGGAUCGCAGAGAUCGCAGACAUGGGCGAGCGCAUGUUCCGGAUUUUCUCGUCGGGCCGCAGUGAGCGCGUGCGCUGCGAUCCGCCGCAGGGUCAGCCGGAGCCGGACGUGUGGUGGGAGCGCGCGGGAGCUCGUGUGGCGUCUGAGGGUCGAGUCCAUCAGCGGGACGGAAAUCUGAUCUUCAACCCCACGGACAGAUCAGACUCGGGCGUCUACACGUGUGUCGCCCAAAACAAAGCCGGACAGAAGCAGCAGGAGCUCAUCGUCACUGUAGCCACCACUCCAGAAUGGAUCGUUCAGCCGCAGAACACAGACAUUGAGGAGGGUCAGCCGGGUUUCCUGCACUGUCAGGCACGGGGCACACCUGAACCACGGGUCACAUGGUACCGCAAGAGCAUCCCGAUCACUGAGGAGGGCUCUCGUUAUAAGCUCUUCUCUAACGGGACUCUGAGGAUCAACAGCGCGGAGGUGAAUGACGCUCAGAUGUACAGCUGUGCGUGUGUGACGGAGGGCGGAUCGCUCGUCGGACACGCGCAGGUUCAGAUACUGGAGAAGCUGAAGUUCACGCCCGUCCCGCAGCCGUCGCAGUGUCUGCAGCUGGACAGAGAGAGCAGCGUGAGCUGUGUCGCUAAAGGACGAGAGACGCCCGUCAUACGCUGGAGCAGAGCGGACGGCGCUGAUCUCCCGUCUCACGUGAGGCAGACGAACGGAGUUCUUCAGUUCAGUACAGUGACCCGCGCCGAUGGAGGAAACUACACGUGUGUGGCGUCCAACAGCGCCCAGGGAGAGAUACGAGCGCACGUGCAUCUCACUGUAGGAGUUCACGUGGAGUUUAAGCUGGAGCCGGAGCAGACCACAGUCUAUCAGGGUCACACGGCCGUGCUUCACUGUCAGGCGUUGGGCGACCCGCAGCCGUACGUCCAGUGGAUGCUCAAAGACAAACUGCUCAGCGGCAGCAGCUCCAGCAGGUUUCAGAAGAUGCCCAACGGCUCUCUGGUCAUUAGUGAUGUGACCACUGACGACACGGGCGUCUACACCUGCAUCGCAGGAAACACCUGCAACAUCAGAGACACGGCAGCGCAGCUGUACGUCGUUGAGAAGCCUGUGCAUCCGCGCAGUGAAGACGAGGAUAAGAGUCAGUUUAAGAUGUUCCAGACGAUCGCGCUGUCGGUGGCCGUGGCCGUGGCGUACAUCAUCGCUGUGCUGGGACUGAUGUUCUACUGCAAACAGAGACGCAAGAACAAACGGCUGCAGAAGAACAACGCCGGAGAGGAGCCCGAGAUGGAGUGUCUGAACGGUGGCGCCAUGCAGCUGAAUGGCCACAGGACAUCUGAGAUCCAGGAGGAAGUAGCUUUAACCACCCUGGGACGUUCAGCAAACUCUGAGAAACAGCAGAGCAGCAGUGACAAACUGCACUUUCCCAGAGCGCACCUGCACACCAUCACCACACUGGGUCGUGGUGUGUUCGGUGAAGUGUUUCUGGCUAAAGCGAGGGCGAUAGAGGAGGCCGAUCAGGAGACGCUGGUGCUGGUCAAGAGUUUACAGAGCCGAGAGGAAACGCAUCGAACCGAGUUCAAACGGGAGCUGGAGAUGUUCAGCAAACUCAAUCACGCUCACAUCGUACGACUGCUGGGAAUCUGCAGAGAGACCGAACCACAUUACAUGAUCCUAGAAUACGUGGAUCUGGGUGAUCUCAAACAGUUCCUCACGAUAUCAAAAAGCAGCGAUGAGAAACUCAAGCCUCAUCCCAUCAGCACUAAAACUAAAGUCUCCAUCUGUGCUCAGGUGGCUCAUGGGAUGCAGCAUUUAUCAAACAAGGGUUUUGUGCAUAAAGACCUGGCGGCCAGGAACUGUCUGAUCAGCGGACAGAGACACGUCAAAGUGUCUGCGCUCAGUCUCAGUAAAGACGUCUACAACAGCGAGUACUAUCAGCAUAAGCAGGUCUGGAUUCCUCUGCGCUGGCUGCCGGCCGAGAGUGUGUUUGAGGGCGAGUUCUGCAGUAAGUCAGACGUGUGGGCGUUCGGGGUGCUCAUGUGGGAGGUGUUCAGUCUGGGCGAGCUGCCGUACCCCACGCUCAACGACGACCAGGUGCUGGAAGGUCUCCAGGCCGGUAGUCUGCGUUUGUCUCCUCCGUCGAACUGUCCUGCUCACGUCUGUGGUCUGAUGAGCCGCUGCUGGGCGUCCAGCCCUAAAGAACGGCCCACGUUCAGCGAGAUCCUUCAGACUCUGACCGAUUCCUCCACGGACACCAAAGUCUAGAGGAUCACGACCGCGAUCAGAGACUCGACCGCACACAUUUCGGACGCGAGAGUCUGUCGAGACUCGCUCAGGAUCAAACACGCUUCUGUCCCAUUCAUGAUCUGUUUACGCUUCUGUAGAAGCUCCUUCCUCUCGCCGGAGCCUCAGGGACCCCGAGGAUGACCUUUGACCUCGGCAGCGCAGGACAAUCGCAGAUCCGUCAGGUUACAGACGCAGGAGGAGGUACUGCACACACACGAUGCUGGAAUCACGUCACGCCUGCGGCUCUCGUCACGCGCUGGAAUCAGUGCAAACAGAUGUGUGUGUGUGUGUGUGUGUGAACAAGAUGAUGUCGUGUCACAAAACACAUCGUUAGUGGAAUUCAGUCACUUGUAUUGGGAAACUGAGAGAUUAAUGAUGAAGUUAGAGACUGACAUAACAAAGCUAUAAUACGAUUAACAAACAUUCACUUAUUAACGUGUGUGUGUGUGUGUGUGUGUGUGUGUGAGGAAAGAGAGAUUGUUCUUAAUAAUAGUAUGAUCUUUAUGUUUCUUUGAGGUGCUCACAGGCGACUGUGUUAUUGUAAUAAAUAAAUAUGCAAUGCCUCAGAUUGCAAACAUUUCUAAGCCAUGAUUAAUCACAUUUUAUUUUGAUUCCCAGUUCACUGUCUGUCACAAAGUCCUUCUGGAUCGCUUUUCUCAAACACACGACCGACAAUUACUAUUGGAUGAUACACAGAUUACACUUAAAACUUAAGAUGUCAUGUUGAUGUGUUGUGAUUAUUGAUGAGAUCAGCGGUUCUCAACCAGGUCCUACAGGGGGCCUCCAAAUGACUUCAAAUUAAUUAAAAUAAGACAAAAAUCAAGUUGUUUCUUUAUUUUAAUUCUCCCCUUUAAAACCUGUAUUCAUACAGUCUUGGAAAGUAUGUAUAUAUGAGUAAGCCUCAUUUUGAAAGUGAUUUCUAGACUGGAAAACGCAUUAAAAUUAAAAAUCUUUUAAUGCCGUGAGCAUUUUUUGCUGAAUAUACAUUUUACUAGUUAUGCCAAACUCAGAAAUAUUUGACUGGGUAAAAAAGAAAUGGUCAGUAAGAAGUUUUUUAUUUUAAAAAGCCUUACUCCUGAUCCAGUGAAUCACAGAUGACUGGGAAAUUAACGUAAUUUUUUUGGUUUAAAAGAGCAGAAUCCCUGAGGAACGUUACGUUUUGGAAUCCUGAAAUUUAAUGCACAGAAACCAGGAGUGUCCAUAGAUUCAAAUGAGUUUUGAAAACCAGACUUUUUCAUUACAGCAGAUAUUAUGUAAUGACGGUUGAGAAGCGCUGAUGUGAUGUUGUUUGAGGACGGUGUGAGUUUAUGAUGAAGGUUUUGUGUCUCUCUGAUUUUAAUGCGGCCAGUGUUGGUUUCAUUCAGACUCCUGCGGUUGAAACCCGUCCUGGAGCGUUUGCUCUCCGUGGUUUUCAUCAGGUCAGCUUUGACUUUUACUACUAAAAGUGCCUAGAACAUGAAGGACUUGUUUGCUGUUUUUUUACAGUAUCUUUUGUAAUGCAGUUAAUGCUUGUUGUUUUUAAGAUCUGCUUUUAUAUAAUCUUUUCAUAUGUAUUUUUAUUAUUAUUGUUGUUGUUGUUUGUUUUUAAUCUUUAUGAUUAUCAUCAUCGCUGUCUGUUCAUGGUUAUUUUUACGGCAGGCUCUCACACCGUGAUGCUUUUAUAUUCUGCUUUAUAAAGGUCACAGUAAUCCAGAUGUAAUGCUGCUCUCAUUAA